AAAAACGCAGUUCACUCUGGUUCCUUCGGCUCCAAAGGUCCUAGAGAUUGUUAAGAAUGAGGAAAGUCAGCGUAAAGAGAAUCAUCAAGGAGACUUCCUGUGGAGUCAGUCAUCUGACUAGGGGAGAAGAGGGUUAACUCACAAAGGGGUGCAGUUGGGACUGGGACAGGGCAGCUUGGGGUCAAUGUCAAAAGGGCUCAUAGAGCCAGGCCAAGGGGCCUGGAUUGCAGAGAGUUAAAGGAAGUUAUAAAGGGCAGGGGUGUGAGAUGAUGAGGAUUGUGCCGAGGAAAUCUGAUAAUUGUGGGUGAGAUGAGUGGAAAUAAGAGCCAGGAGCACAGGGAGUUUAGCAAGGACCUGGUAGCAAUCCUCUAACAAAGGGGGCCUGUGACCCAGAGGCCAUGGGCAGGGAGAGGGACAGAGGAAUGUGAAUGAGUGGCAAAGGGGACAAUAAUUUCUCUUAGAUGGGAGGAGAAAGGAAACAUAGACCAGGAGGGAAGGGCCCUGAGUUUCCAAAAACGUUACAGUAGAAGAGAGGCUACAACAGGGCAGGCAUGGGGACAUACACCGACACGAACAUGCGCGUCUCGAUCGUCACCUUCUCCACACAGGCCCACACCGUCCUAAAGCUCACCUCGGACAAAAAAGAAAUAGAAGAGGGUCUCAACCAACUGCGGAACACAGUGCCUACCGGAGACACAAACAUGCAGGAAGGAUUUAAAGCGGUCAGUGAGCAGAUCUCCACAGCAAACCCUGAAGAAAAGAAAUUUCACUCAAUGGUUAUCUCCCUGACCGAUGGAACACUUUGGCCAGCGUCCUUUGAGGCUACCAAGAAAGAAGCUCAGAAGAUUCGACAACUGGGAGGGACUGUUUACGCUGUGGGUGUAAACAAAUACAUGAAAAAUCAGCUCCUGGCAAUUGCGGACAGCGAGGAGCACGUGGUUGGUGUGGACACUGGAUUCUAUGAUCUCAAGAACAUCGUUGACUCACUCGCAGCUAAGUCCUGCAUUGAGCUUACAAGUGUGGAACCGACCGAUUACUGUGUGGGAGAAAACUAUGAUGUAAGCAUCCUUGGAAGAGGUUUCCGUAACGCCAGAAACAAAAAAGAAGUUCUUUGCAGAUUUCAAAUAAGUGACACCAUAUUUUUUGGUAAGUACCUCCCUGAUUUGUACAAGUGACAAAUUUACCACAGACGUGUCUCCCUACAGCCACCAUGCACCAGAACCCUUGAUGCCCAUUCGCUGAGGAUGCUGUGAAGAUAAAGGCAGCAAUGAGAGUCGAUUGCCAUCAAUUGCCGGAGCCACAAA